CACCUUGCCACAACCUACAACAGUCCCCGCAUAAUGAGCUUCUGAUUCUCAGUACUCGAAGAAACUCACAAAACGACAAAAACAAAUAGAAUGGUUGAGAACCAGAAAUUCUAACAACUUUCUUCUUUCCAUCUCUUCACCCGCUUAUUCUCCUCCCUCACUAAUCUUAUUCUCUCCUCCCUUUUUUUAAUCAAGCUUCGUUUUCGAUCUUUUUUUUCCCCCGAAUUCCAAUCUCUUCUUUAUUCACACCCCCCCCACAAAAACAAAUAUCAUCGAAUUAAAAAAUGGGUUGCACGGUGAGAGAAAAACACAUCAGAGCUAAUCGGAGAACCCGAUCGUUGAAACCCGAACCCGAUUCUUCGGAUAACAAAGACGCAAUAUCCAAAUCCAUUGCGGAGUCUGGUCUCAAACCCUUCAAAUACAAUAUAUCUCUCGCCGAUUCGUCUUCCAAGAAUCCUUUUCCUCUUCCCUGUCCAAACCCUAAUGCUGAUGAAUCUGGUUGGGGUUACUGCACCGAGGAACAGUUGGAAGAGAUCCUCUUGAAAAACUUGGAAUUAGUUUACAGCGAAGCUGUUUCGAAGAUUGUUGCUUUGGGUUACGAUGAAGAUGCUGCCUUGAAGGCCAUUUUGAGAAAUGGUCAUUGUUAUGGUGGUAUGGAUGUUUUGACUAAUAUCUUGCAUAAUUCUUUAGCGUAUUUGAAUAGCAAUGGUAGUGUUGUCGGUGUUGGUGUUAGUGUAGGUGUCGGUGUUGGUGUUGGUGAUGGGGUUGGUAAUAGUGAUAAUUUGGAUGAGUCUGAGCCGGUUUUCGCCGACUUGAGGCAGUUAGAGGAGUACUCUUUAGCUGGUAUGGUUUGUUUGUUGCAACAGGUUAGGCCUAAUUUGAGUAAAGGUGAUGCAAUGUGGUGUUUGCUUAUGAGUGAUCUUCAUGUAGGAAGAGCUAGUUCUAUGGAGAUUCCUGUGCCUGGUGGGAGCGGGAGUCCCCCUGCUCCAUUGCCUGUUUCUGUUGAGCCCGGUAGCAAUUCAGGUGGCGUUAUGGCUCCUCCCUUGUGUAGGUUUCAUGGGGGUUGGGGAUUUGGAAAUGGGGGAAGCUUGGAUUAUUCGGUGAAUGGGGCCUUUUCGUGCGGUACGGAUUUGAAAUCGCAGUUGCAAAGAGAUAUUGAAUUUCCAAAGAGGUUGGAUCUUUCUCCCCAGUUGAAGGCUUUGUUGAAGAGAAAUGUUGCCAUGUUUACUGCUGGUUUUAGAGCAAACACCAAACAACUGCAGACGCAGGCGAAGGGUGCCUUUCCUGUCCGUAGUGCCGUGCCUAAUUCGGAUUCCCCGGUUGUAUCUGGAGCUGAAGUCACGGUUGAUCAGUGUGGACAUUCUCAGAUUCUUGAUAACCAAGAUGCUGUGAACUCGGUGCUGAAUAAAUUCCGUGACUUGAAUCUUGAUGAGAAUUUGGAGUUUGUGGCAGAGGAUCAGAAGGAUGAGGUGAUCGUAACUUUAUUUCAUCAGAUUAAGGAUUUGGAGAAGCAGGCCAAGGAGAGAAAAGAAUGGGCUCAUCUAAAAGCGAUGCAAGCUGCGAGGAAGCUAAGCAGUGAUUUGACUGAGCUCAAAACGUUAAGGAUGGAUAGAGAGGAGACUCAAAAAUUGAAGAAAGGGAAACAGGCACUUGAGGACACAACCAUGAAGCGACUCUCAGAGAUGGAGAAUGCUUUGAGAAAGGCUAGUGGUCAAGUGGACCGUGCAAAUGCAGCUGUGAGAAGACUAGAGACCGAGAAUGCAGAAAUCAGAGCAGAGAUGGAGGCUUCGAAAUUAAGUGCAUCAGAAUCAGUGACAGCUUGCUUAGAAGUUGCAAAAAGGGAGAAGAAAUGCUUGAAGAAACUUCUAGCUUGGGAAAAACAGAAAGCUAAGCUACAGAAGGAGAUUUCCGGUGAGAAAGAGAAGAUAUUAGAGGCACAAGAAGCGUCGGCUCAGAAUACACAGCGUCAAAAAGAAUCUGAGGUUAAAUGGAAGGAUGAAUUGAAGGCUCAAGAGGAAGCUUUGGCACUAGUUGAGGAGGAGCGCCGUGCCAAGGAAGCAGCCGAGUCAAAUAAUAAGAGGAGGUUUGAGGCUCUGCGUCUGAAGAUAGAGAUAGAUUUCCAGCGCCACAAGGAUGAUCUACGUAGACUUGAGCACGACCUUUCGCGCCUUAAAGUAUCUGCGCAAUCUGCUGAGUUGCAUCACCGAUCAAUUACUUUACCUAAAAGUGACUUUGAGGCUGCAAAGCCUCAAAGAGAGUCAAUUGCUAAGCUGCUUCUGGAAUUGGAUAAUUUGGAAGACUUUUCAGAAAAAGAAGUUAAUAGCAACAGAGAAUGCAUUAUCUGUAUGAAAGAUGAAGUGUCCAUUGUUUUCUUGCCGUGUGCUCAUCAAGUCAUGUGUGCUAGUUGCAGUGAUGAGUAUGGAAAAAAGGGUAAGGCUGCUUGUCCUUGCUGCCGAGUUCAAAUCCAACAGAGAAUCCGCGUAUUCGGGGCAUGUUCUUAACUUAUUUUAAAGAUAUAUUUCAAUGGUACUUGGGGGCAGAUAUACCCUAUGAGUUUUACAUAACUUUGCAGUUACUACAUGGGACAGUUUGUCUCUCUGUUCUACACAAUGUUUUGGAGUCUUGUUCAUACUUCGUAGGCGAAAAUUAUUACUAUUAUAUGAAAAAUAAAUAACAGUCCUUGAAUUUACCUUGUCUCUUGGAAUUAUGAAAACUUGUUGGUUGCUUGUUGUUGCCUUGUUUGAAAAUAAGAAAUGGGCAACAGUGUCAUUUUAUUUUAACUGACCUUUGCCCUAUUCCAUGGCAAUUUUGA